AUGUAUCAAAUCACAAAAUAAAUGGUUGAUUUUCGUCGUAAUCAAUUUCUAAAUUAAGGUCUUUAAACAGAAUUUACAAUACAAUCUGAAAAUGGGUAUAAAAUAUAAUAUGAUAAUAGGAAUAAAUUAGUAAGUGUAGGAUCAUAAUUAAAGAAUCUGAAUAAUAUUGAAAAACAUAGAUAUUUGAAACUAGAUUCAUCCUUUGAGGAAAGUUCUGGUGAAUCAAGUGUCAUGUGUGAUCAAUUUCAAUAAAAAUUCUUAAGCAUUGAAGAAGUACAGUAAAUGGUGAUAGACACUUCUAUAAAUUAAGCAAUUAAACUAGAGCCUAAAGCACUACAAAAAAAGUAUUAAAUUUAUUCUAAUAAACAGCAAUCGUGUUGGUUUAGAAUGGGAAUCAUAGAAAUCAAUUAUUAUUAUGAAUGUUGAUGAGUAGGCCAUAAAUGAAAUAGAUCUUUAUGAGUUUUUCAUUGAUUAGUAUUCAUUUUUAUGAAUUGCGGUUUAAGGAUAAGUCUUUCAUCUAAUUCAAAAAGAUAUGGAUUGGCAGUUAUGAAGGCAAGCUUGCUAUAAUCAUCCGAAUGAAAGAGGACAAAAGUGCUUAAUAUUUGUACUACAAUUUAGUAACAUCUACUCAUAAAUAUAAGAAAGUUUUUGGAGAAUAAAUUGAGGUUAGUUUAUUUAUUAAUACUUAGUAUUUUUAACUUAAAGUAAUUGAAAAAUUACCAAAUAAUAAUGAAAUCUCUGUAAUUAUGAGGUUUUUUCCAAUAUAGUUUAAUAAUGAGAAAUUAUUAUCACUAUAGGAUAUGAGAGCUGAGUAAUUAUUUAUCUGUAUUAUAUAUAACUUAAUAUUAAUUAGAUUAGGGUUAUAAGUACGGAAUUUUCAAAACUAAUGAUUUUGAGAAAGCAGAGAAUUAUAAAAAACAAUUAAUUAGGUUUGUGGAUUAUAUAUUUUUAGUUAUCUUUUUAGUAAGAAAUAUCAGGAAGCUCAUAUCUCUAUAUUAGGAAAGAAGAAAUAGAGCAAUCUUAAUUAUAAAGCAUUUUUUGAAGAUGAUUGUUUUAAUCCUCGCUUCUAAUUAGAAUAAAAAAUUGGUAUGCCUUUGAGUCCCCCUAAAAUUACACCCUAAAAUAUUAUUAGAUAAUAGGAAUAAUAAUUAAUUACUGUGGCAGUAAUUUAACCCACUAUUAGUGCUAUGUAUAAUUAGAUAAUUAAGUUAAUUAGAAAAAUAUCAGAAUAGGAGAGCUCUUCUAAAGAAUACAAAUAAUCUGAAGUGAAACCAAAACCUGUUGAAAAAAUGGAAUAAAAAAUAAUUGCUAAGCCUAUUUAACUAAAACCAGUAGCAAUAUAAAUUGAGAGAGAAAGAAGUUCAAGGAAAAAAUGA